GCUUGCACUCACAUAUGCAUAUAGGAUGACUGAUUCUGCUUACAGAGUAGAAACCAUUUCCAGACUCGCCCAAUGGCGAAUCCACAAUCUUUCUUCCUCCACUUACCGCAAGUCCGAUCCUUUCAAGAUGGGUCUUUGGAAUUGGCACUUGUCUGUAGAGAAAAGCAAGAUGCUAUUAAAUGUUAAGUUGUAUCCAGAGGUAUCCAACCUUACCAGAGAAAACCCACCAGUUGCUUCCUUUGUUCUUCGUGUUGUCUCUUCUGCUGGUGAUAGGAAAGUUUUAUCUCAUCCAGAAGUAAUAGAUAAGCGGAUUAAGACAAACGAAGAUUUUAUUUGGACUAUUGAAGUUCCCUUAACUGGGAAAAUCAUCAUCGACGUCGAGUUUCUUGACUUGAAGGUUCUGUCUCAAGAUAGUGGAGAAAUUUACUCUAUCUGGGCAGACGGUUCAACCGAGAAUCAAUCGAAAGGGACAGCGGUAACAUCCCUUGGACGUAUGUUGACAGAAAGCAUUUACACUGACAUAAUGAUCAAUGCUUCUGGUGGAAGCAUUGGAGCUCACCGAGCUGUUCUUGCUGCCCGUUCACCUGUUUUCCGCAGCAUGUUUUUACACGACCUGAAAGAGAAAGAACUAUCAGAAAUAAACAUACUCGACAUGCCACUUGAUGCUUGCCAAGCUUUUCUCAGUUAUAUCUACGGCAAUAUCCAGAACGAAGACUUUCUUAUACACAGAUUGGCACUCCUCCAAGCUGCUGAAAAAUAUGAUAUUGCUGAUUUAAAAGACGCGUGCCACUUGAGCCUUCUAGACGACAUCGACACAAAGAAUGUGCUUGAGAGGCUACAGAAUGCUUAUCUCUAUCAAUUACCUGAACUGAAGGCUAGCUGCAUGAGGUAUCUUGUGAAGUUUGGUAAGAUAUUUGAAAUCCGCGAUGAGUUCAACAUAUUCAUGCAAUGCGCAGACAGAGAUUUGAUUUCUGAAGUCUUCCACGAAGUCCUCAGUACCUGGAAAGGAUUUUAGAGGAAAUCAGAAUGGGUAUGUGUGCUAUUAUACAAGAACAUUUAUAGACUCUAAUUUUUUGUGCAAAAGGAUUUGUUGGUCUUUAUGUACAGAUUAAAGUAUUGGGGUUUAA